AAGUUCACUGCCCAAACCACCGCAUCCAGUUCAACGUGCCGGCUUAGCGUACCUAGGUACCUUCUCAAGAUAUGAAUGUCACUGGCACUGAGCGUACCCGCCUGGGAAAUGGGAGACAGCCCUACUCUCCGGCUUCUCAGAUCGGCUCCAGGGAUAAAGGCGUUGCAUGGUACGACAAGACCUUCUCGGGGGUCCCCAAGGAUGCCCGCGAGCUGCUCGAAAAAUACUCACACAUUCCUCCCGAUGAAGUUGAGCCUCAUGUGCUGGCGAUAAGGGACAAGGCAUGGGAGAUCUAUCCCUACCCCUGCAUUGGACAAUUCAAGUUCCUCGCCCUCAGAAUCUACGAGCAGCCAUCGUACACCGCCGUGGUGCGCCGCCUCAAGCAGGGCGCAAAGUACCUCGAUAUCGGAUGCUGCCUAGGGCAGGACAUCCGCAAGCUCGUGAUGGACGGCGCGCCGGCCGAGAACCUCUACGGCGCCGAGCUGCACGCACCGUUCAUCGACAUCAGCUACGAGCUCUUCCGCGACCAUCGGAUAGGCGCGACCUUCAUGGAGGCAGACGCCUUGGACAUCUCCGCGGACAGCCCCCUCGCCCAGCUCAAGGGCGAGGUGGACUUUGUCCAUCUCGGCAUGGUGCUGCACGUGUUCGGGCGGGAUCAUCAGCGCGCACUCCUCGAGAAUUGCAUCUCGCUGCUGAAGCCCGAGUCGGGCAGCAUGAUCCUUGGUACUGCGGUUGGGCACGUAGAGGGAUUGCAGGCGCCCGCUGGCCACUUUCUGCAGAGCGACAAGACUUUCAAGGCGAUGGUAGCAGACAUCUCUGAGCGAACGGGGGUCAAAUUUGACUGUAGGGUGUCUUUGGAUGACGGGCUUGCAAUCCUAGAGAACAAGGACAAAUCCGGCGUUGACAGGGCUCAACGACUGAUGUUCGAGGUUGAGAGGCUGUAA